CACAUGGAAUGGCUCUCUGUCAUUUCUUUUCCACUUCUUCCACGGAGUGUCAAGCUACGAUGGAUUGAUCCUUACAAUCGGACCCCGCUUCCUCCAUCCUCCUCAUUCACUCAUUCCUCUCCUACAAAAUCGAAUCUACCUCUCUUUAUACCAUCAUCACGCAAUCUUACCACACCACGAUACACACUUCACACUAGCAACCGACUGACUACCUCUACAGAAAAGAAAGAUAUGAACUCAACACCGGGCAUGGUCCACAGAAAAAUCCCAGGGCUAUACAGCUUCGUCAAGCUGCUGUGCAGGACUCUCUUCCAUAUCUUCUUCAGAGAUUAUGACGCGUUUCACACUGAAUUCAUCCCAGGGAACGAACCCCUCCUCGUCGUCUCCAACCAUGGCAACUAUCUCCUCGACGGACUCGCCCUACUCGCAACUUAUCCCGGUCAGAUAUCCUUCCUUAUGGCACAGCCCAACUUUAAGACCGCUAUCGGAGGAAUCGCCAGAAAGAUUGGCGCCAUUCCUGUGCAAAGACCACAAGAUGCAACGAAAUACGACGGCACAAGUCAGGUCACCAUAUCCCCUGACGGCAACUCGAUCGUCGGCGAGGGAUUAGGUUGGCAGCUGAGCGUCGGAGAUACUGUCUACAUCGAAUGCGGCUCCUUUCAGGAUGCAGCCAGAGACAGUCGUGUCACCCAAUGCUACGCCGUCGUCGAGCGCGUCGUCAGCGACAACGAAGUCGUUUUCAAACCCCCGGGCUUGAAGUGGAUACCCGCUACUCUGACCUCUGAGCGCGAUAUCGCCUAUAUCAAGUCCCGAAAGAUUGUCCGUUAUGGGUCGCUGAAGAUCAGGGUGGAGCGUGGCAACACCUGGAAUGGGAUCAAUGAUGCGCUAAAGGCACAAGAACAGAAUGGCACGUUUAUGGCCAGCAGUGCCACAGGAACGAUCGGAAAGUUUGUGCAGAAGAUCUUUUCGAAGUCACCGGAUGCGGAGAGGAUAGAUCAUGAGGAACUGAUGCAGACUGUGGACACUGGCGCCGAUAUUCCAGGAUCCCUUAGGGCGCCACAGGAUUUCCAUACGACAGAGGCAACACCCCUGCUGAAGAGGGUCCGAUCUUUCAACUCCUCUGCUCGAGCGAUUUAUGCGAACCCAAGACAUGGCGAAUCCAAUGCUAAGCUGUCGAUUCUUUCCUCGCCAAGUGCGUAUGGAGAUGGAGAGGAAGAGGCGGAUCAUUCGCAUUUGUUGAACGGACACGGAUCUGGACAGGUUACUGUCACUAGCCCGGGAUCUUCCAGCGGCCAGGAUAGCCUCGUGUCCCCGAUGAUCGCCAGCCCCGUCGCGCAUUUUCCUGCACAACCUUGUCCGUUCCAAUAUUCGCGACCGAUCGACCAUUCUGUGAUUUACGAGAGUGUCUGGAAAAACUUUGAGGACCGACGCACAGUCGCGGUCUUUCCUGAGGGCGUCUCGAGUGAUGACUAUCAUUUGUUGGACUUCAAGUACGGAUGCACGAUCAUGGUCUUGGGGUAUCUGGCACAGCACCCGUCCAAGUCUUUGAGGAUUAUACCCUGUGGACUGAAUUUCUUUAACCGCCAUCGGUUCCGAUCCCGAUUCUAUGCUGAUUACGGCCUCCCGAUUACAGUUCCCGACAACCUGGUGACCAUGUAUCGUGAAGGAGGAGAGGCCAAGAAGAAAGCAUGCACGGAGCUGCUACAAAUAAUUCACGCAGCGGUCGAAGGAUUGACUCUAAAUGCGCCAAACUAUGAUGAGCUCCGACUGUACAAAGCGACUCGACGACUUUACAGCACCGGUCGAAAACUCUCCGUUCCUCAGAAACUGGAACUUACCCGCCGAUUCGCGAAGGGAUACGCCAACCUGGUGAUGACACCCAACAUGGCAGCACUGAAGCGCGACAUCAACGCCUAUGACAGAAAUCUCACUCAGAAGGGCAUCCGGGAUUGGCAGGUGACUGCCGACCCUAGUAUAUGGACCGCAUUGGUCUAUAUCCUGCCUGCACUGUUCCUUCUCCCGCCCAUGUUCUUGCUCUCACUUCCAGGAACGCUUCUUUUCGGACCCGUGGGUCUGUUGGCAACAUGGGCCGCAAAGCACAAGGGCCGCGAGGCAAUGUUGGCGUUCCAGUCGUAUCUCCCCGUAUCGCGCUGGCCGGGACGGGAUGUGAUUGCGACAUGGAAGAUUGUGGUCUGUUUGGCGUUGAUGCCAGUGUGCUUUAUUCUGGACGCAACGUUGUUGACGAUCUGGGUGAGUCGGUGGGAGUCGCUGCAAGAGUUCUGGACGAUGGGCCGGUUAAUCGCGUUUUGGCUGGUGGCGACAUUGGUGGUGUUCUCGACGAUUGCGUACUGCACGGUAUGGAUCUGGGAGUGGCAACUUGAUUUGAAGAUGCAGAUCAGGGUGUGGUGGUGGAGGUUGAGUGGAGGCAAUAGGGAGAUAAAACGGUGGAGGCAGGAGCUGAUGGGCAAGAUGGAUGAGUUGGUGGAGCGGAUGGGCGGGAAGAGUACUUUUGAGGUCGAAGGGUAUUACUAGGAAGGCGAGACCUGGAGGCUAUGUCCAAAGUGUGCAAGAAAUAAAACUAAUUAUAACUCAACUGCUGUGCCAUGAAG